ACCAAUGGUAGCACUUGGCAACGAACGGCGGGAUCAGUCAGGUUAGCCCAUUGGUCGGGCAAUCGCCAAGGGAGCUACGGUGGGACAACGGAUAAACAGAUUUCAAAGUUUCGAAGUGCUUGCAAUGUGGUGCGUAGUAAGCCGCUGAAACGUCAACGAGGUGAAACGUAUUCAAACUAUUUUGUUUCGUUUCCUGUGAUAAAUCAUAGGAAAGAAAUUUAAUAUGUUUUUUAUUCGGAAACAGUUCGUAAUUGUGUUUAAGAAGAGGUAGUUCCACCGGUAUUUGUUGAAACAGAUUCUCUCCUUAAAAAGCACGGAGAUGGAUGAAGUAGAAAACGUAAAUAUUACCGAAACACCUCGCAUCACGAUAAAUGCGAGCAGUCGCAAUUCUCAUGAUAGUGUCGAUAGUGGUUACUUGACUCUUCUUUCACCGCCACCAUCACCGUCAGUGCCUUCAUCUUCGUUUAUAGCCUCCGAACCUAUCGAGGAAGAUGUGGAAAUGAAACUAGUCAUCGUGCCUCAGAGCACACCCCAGGUAACUACUUCACCUAGACGGAAGACACCACCACCACCUCCACGUAUUGUUAUUUCGCCGACCUGUAGAAAAGCUAGUCCCGCUAUUAGUUCGGCAGACAAUCAGAAAUUAAGCAAGCUCUCUAUCACGUAUCUUGCUGCUAUCAAGCCAAAGAGGUUGGAUUUCAGUCAUCGUGUCAUAUCUGCUGCUUUACAUCAUAGUAGAGCUACUCCAGAUUAUACAGGUAGAGAAACGGUGGAUAUAUUGGCACUUCUUGGAGACAAAAGCAAUCAUUGGAGAAUAGUUUCUAAAAUAUUGUCUUUCCUUGGACCUCAGGAUCUUUGUUCCAUUAGUAUGGUGUCUAAAACAUGGAGGAGAAUCUGUUUCAGUGAUUCUAGGGCCAAUGUGAGAAGACUGACUCAUAUAAUACUCAGACAGAAUGCUAAAGAGAAUUUAAAAUUAAUCAAAAAAUCAAAAAUAGAAGGAGACAUUCAAAGUAGUCCUAGAAGUAGAUACGCUAGGAAAGGGUACUUAUUAGAAGUGCAGAAUCUUCUUCAAGUACAGGGAAAUAAACGGCCACCUAGCAGUCCACCUGUUUCUCCAAGCAAAGUAAAAUUCCACUCUUUUGUCAAGAUAUGUUCAACCCUGAAAAAUUACCCUCUCGCAAUGGAUGACCUUCUUGGAACGCUAGUCGUACCCUCGCUCCUUGGGAACAUUUGUUACCGUGUCCAAAAUGUUCGUUUCCUUGUCACGUGGACGGUGAGAAGAACGUAGGGACGUGUUCAAGACAAGGUUGUUCGAUGGAAUUUUGCACCUCCUGUUCAUCAAGACCACAUACUGGUCCUUGUAAGACACCCCUGUUAGCAACGCCGACGAAGAGGAAUAAACGGCUGGUCAUUGGCUCAAAACAGAGCAAACGGAAUCUCAGGAGAUUAUAAACAUUUUCGUUAUUAUAUGUCGAGAAUGUUUUUGUUUUAAUUUUAUUAUUUUUCUCGAUAAAAUAAUUCUUCUCGAUAAUAAUCUUCAAAAAUGAAGAAAAUGUCGAGAAUUGUAAGAAAUAUAAUUUCGGGAUUAUUUUAAUUGUUAUGAUACGCAGUGUUUUGGAAGUGUGAAAUGGACAUCGUUAAUUUAAAUGGUUCGACCAAUAAAAUAGAUUUUUAAAUCUGUAUGUUAUAAAACUUUAAAAAAGAACUAUAAAGAAAAAAAAAUAUUUUAAUCUAAUAUAGUUUUAAAUAUAUUUCAUAAAUGACCAUUACAUUUUUACAAAUAAUUGUUUUCAUUUGUAAAUUAUGAUUUAUAAAUGAAACUGACGAUUAUUAAUAAUUUUAAAAUUAAGCUGUUAAAGUUUAUCGAUUUCGAACCAUUUACGAUGUGCGUUUAAUCAGAUAAGUAUAUGGAGGAGAGAGGUAUCUUUUAGAGGAGGAAAAAACUCUUAGCACUAGUUACUUUUUUUAUUUAAAAAAAAAAAAUCGAAAUUUAAAAACUCUUAAGAUACGUCUUUUUAUUAAUUUCAUGGUGAAUUAUUGGAAGGUUUAUAAAAUUUUAAGAAACUAUUAUUUGUUCAAAUUUUUUAGAGUUCAUAAAUUUCAAAAUUUAACAAAUUAAACAUCAUUUUUUUAGAAUCAUAAAUUCACAACGUGAUUGAAUGUUACCUUUCACGAUCAAAAGAAUUUUUAUAUGGCUCUUAAAUUAAUUGAAUCGGUAGUGAAAUAUUUCAACGUUUCUCUCAAUAUUUUAUUCGGCAAAUCGAGAUGAAGAGAAAAGGGCCGAAAAUUGUCGAUUAAGAAGACAA